AUGGUAUUAAUGGACGGGAAGACCUACCUGGGCAGUGCCGAACUCAUCGGCAAGGCAUUUCCCAGUCUGCCGGGGGCUGCAGGCGAGGGCAAGGGCGAGGGCGAGGGUCUGCCGGGGGCUGCAGGCGAGGGCGAGGGCGAGGGCGAGGGCGAGGGUCUGCCGGGGGCUGCAGGCGAGGGCGAGGGCGAGGGUCUGCCGGGGGCUGCAGGCGAGGGCGAGGGCGAGGGCGAGGGUCUGUCGGGGGCUGAGGGCGAGGACGAGGUUCUGCCGGGGGGUGAGGGUCUGCCGAGGGAUGACGGUGAGGGUGCCAGGAGUGUUGAAGGUCUGCCAGGGGCUGCAGGCGAGGGCGAGGGCGAGGGCGAGGGCGAAGGUCUGCCGGGGGCUGUGGGCGAGGGUCUGCCGGGGGGUGAGAGUCUGCCAAGGGAUGUGGGCGAGUGUCUGCCGAGGGAUGACAGUGAGGGUGCCCGGAGGCGACGAGGGGACAACUCUGAGGUCUUAUACUUUAUUAUUUUACAUUAUAUUCUUUCUUUCACAGAUAAAUACAGGAAGCCAGAACGCAGAUGCACAUUCUGCAAAAUUGGUCAAAUGCAAUUAUCAAGACACAUAUCCCAACAGCAUCAGGACAUUCCUGAAGUUUCAGAGGCUAUGAAAUUUCCCCAAAACUCAAAAGAAAGAAAUACAAUAUUUGAGAAUUUCAGAAAGCGUGGGAUUUAUGAAUUUAACAAAAAGCACCAAUCAGCCAAUCUUCUCAUGCUGGGUUCAUUUGGAGACGAAGAAGAUGCCAAAGAAUUCAUUGGGCGCAAUGAAUAUGUUACUCUCCGAGAUGCUGUGUGCUGCAGGAUUACUCUGUUUAAUGCACGACGGGGUGGUGAGCCAUCACGACUAAAAGUUACAAAUUUGGAUGAUGCAGUUGCCAAGAGAUGGAUCGAUGACUCUAGGAUGGAACAGUUAGAGACCAGGGAGAAAAAGCUCUUCAGUGAAAUAAUGGUUGCAUGCCAAGCUGGGAAAGGGAACCAUUUAGUUCCAGUCCUGGGACCACUUGCACAAAACGAUCUUAGCCACCGACACAAAGACAAGAGGAAGGAAGUUGGGAUUCUUGAUGAAAAUUGUUAUGUUUUUCCAAACACACAGCAGUCAGCAUAUCAUGUGCUAGGUUGGCAUGCUAUUAGGAGUAUGUGUGGUGCAGCUGGUGUGAAGCAUCCAGAGUUGUUGAUAGCAUCAAAACAAAGACACAGAAUAAGUACCAUAUAUGCUUCACUUGAAGUUCCUACCACUGAGAGAGAAUAUUUCUACAAACAUAUGGGUCACAGCAAGGGUGUCAAUGAAGGUGUCUACCAGUAUCCUCUACCAAUUCAAGAAGUUAUUAAAGUUGGGAAACACCUUCACAUUGAUCAAGGUGAUGCCCCUCUGGCGACUGAGUCUAUGAUUCAAAGCCAACCUGACAUGGGUGCAAUAGCCGAUCAACAGGAAGAAGAUGCCCAUGAUGUAAAUACAACCCAACCCAACACAACACAAGCUUUGUCAAAAAUAAAAAUUAAGGCCAUUUAUAUUGCACUGUAUGUCCACACCACACAGGCAUGCCCCGAGUGCACUCAAAUAGCAGGAAUGCAGUUUGCUCUGUAGGUGCUUAUCAACCAUAUCUGCAGAGAUAAUGUGAAUAGCACUGAAAGAACUCAAGGAAGUAGAUGUUAACACCAGUCACACCCCUCUUCUGCACAACUCCUCCAUUUCUACCCAGAAGAGAAAGAAGCAGGGUGCAACUGCUGCAAGGGUCGGCUGGAGGCAAUAAUUAGGAAAAUGCAUUUCAUCACUGCUAAUUGGUAAUUUUUAUUUACAGUUGUUUUUUUAUCUCAACCAUGUGAACAAUAGUGAAGGAACUGAACAAAAUGUCACCUCCUUUACUGCAAAAUGAUAUGAUAUCUAAGUAAUUAAUUGUACAUUUCUUUCACAGACUGACGUGUUGCUUGACAGUGAAGACGAGGAACCAUUGGUGCAGAGGACGCGGAGAAGACAAAUUGUACAAGCAAGGUAGCCCACUCCGCAUCAGACUGUCCGUGCACCAGAUGGUCCACCUAUGGUGACAUUAUCAAGCCGUUACCUUAUUAUUCAAGGUACCUUAUUACAAUCAUGUACAGUUUAUACCUAACAAGCUUAUUGUAUGUUAACUAAGGUAAAUUAGUUUCUGGUGUGAAAGAUAUUUAAACUAAUUUUUGGAUUUGUUGUAUCUUGUCUCCAAUUAACUAUAUUAUCUUCCAGGAUUUUGCAGCAACUUUGAACAUGACAGAGCUCCAGACAAUAGUGACUGAGCUGCUGAUCCGAGACCAGGGACCUUUUGAGGAUUAUCUCCAUGGAUACAUUUUUCAACACCGACAAGAACCAACACCAACGAACAUGCAGUUUUCCCAGUUCACCAUGUAAGUAAAAUGAUCAUUGAUACUAUACUAAAGAAUAUGAAAAUAGAUUAAAUAACAUGAUAAUCGAUAAAAGUUUUACAUGAUUUGUAAGCUAUUUUAUGUAACUAUACGUUUACCAUGACAUUGAGAAAGAAUCUAAAGAAAAAGUUUUGUGGUUUGGCCGCUCUCCUAAAGAGUCACUAUUUCUUCAAGGAACCCCCUUCAUGCCAAAUUGAAACCCGGAUAUUCGCUCAAGGUGCAAAAAAUCCGCCGCAGAGUCUAAGAGACAUAUGACUUCCAGCAAUAUAAGACAACUGACCAAACUACACACCACGUCCGACUUCGAUCCUGUCGACUUUCUCCUCGUUAUAACAGUGCAGAACCCAUCUGCAUAUAAGAAGAAUAAAUAUUGUGGAUCAGGCGAUCUUUUGGAAAAGUUCGAAGGGGGUCUGCCCAUAUUUGACAAGAAGGCAAGAUUGUACCACUUGAAGCCUUCAAGUGACAUACAAGUAAACAUGACAACAGUGACAGAAGCGCCUGAUGACCGUAUGCCGAGCAACGCAAUUGGUGAUCUGCUGAACUUGCACGAAGUUAGCGAUAUGGCGAGGGAUGACAUUGCGGCCAUACGUGUUGAAAGGACUGCAACAACCACCAUCCACAGCCUGCCAGAUGAAGUGGAAGACGUUUGGAGCGGCACGCCUGGACGUGGACGUGCCCGUGCCCGUG